UGACAGCCAGCACACAGGCCACAGGGCCACCAUCCAUCGUCAGCUGUUAGCAACGAAUUUGGUCUGGGGUGCCCGAGUGUGGUGGUUGUGGUUGUUCAUUGGUUGGUAAAAUGGCUGCGGGUUGUUGUGGUACCAAAAAACAGAAGCUGAACAAUUCGUCGACGGUUCCAACGUGCAACGGUACCAUGCCAGCCCCAACCAAUGGACUGAUCAGCUGCAGCAACGGCACAGCAGGAAUGGUGGCCUUGCCAGAAAUGUGUUUCUUUUGUUUCGAUGUACUUUAUUGCCAUUUGUACAAUUUGGCGCCACCCAAGACGCCUAGUUUCAGUAAUGAUGCAUAUCCAUUAUUUGUGACCUGGAAAAUAGGAAAAGAUAAACGUUUGCGCGGGUGCAUCGGAACUUUUAACGCAAUGAACCUGCAAUCUGGUCUGCGAGAGUAUGCCAUCACUAGUGCAUUUAAAGACUCGCGUUUUAGUCCAAUAACUCGUGACGAAUUUUCUAAACUCAGUGUUUCCGUGUCGAUUUUGAGACAUUUCGAGGACGGCGACGACUACUUGGACUGGGAAGUGGGUAUCCAUGGAAUCCGAAUCGAGUUUGUUAACGAAAAAGGAAAUAAGAGGACUGCCACUUAUUUGCCAGAAGUUGCUUCGGAACAAGGUUGGGACCAGUUGCAGACUAUAGAUUCUCUUCUACGUAAAGGGGGUUUUAAGUCUUCAAUUUCAGGCGAGGUGAGACGCACCAUUAAACUGACACGUUACCAGAGUGAAAAAAUCACCGUCGGUUAUCAAGACUAUAUGAACUAUUGGAAUAGCCAACGGUGCUAGCAACUAGUUUGGGGGCGUCCGGCUCCUCAAGCGCCGCCCCCACAAUUGCAAACAUCACCGUUCUCUCACCAUCAACCGCCACCGUCGUACCUCCACCAAACCACAAUGCCGCCUCCACCGCCACCCACGUUCGUUGUCGUUCAGCCGCCCCUUUCGCCGUUCGGUUCCACGGUCGCCCACCAGUACGUACUACCUGCCCCCGUGCCUCUGUGGUGGCACGAUCAGUACGUGACGCCAGGCGGCGGGGCCAAUUCCUGCCAUACACGUUUAAAUUACGGACCUCCGGUCGUCGGAAACGGUUUGGCGAUGACCGAGUCGCCAUUUUACGAAAACGGCGGCGGCGGAGGUUCGAUUUUUCCUAGACACAAGUGACCCAUGCGGUGCCUUAUGAGGUUAUGUUACUGUUCAAAGUUAUAGCAGGCCCUCAUCUUACAAUCUGCUUGGCUUGGUUUUAUUGUUGUUGUAGUUUUAGCUGUUUCUGUUUGAGUUGAGGGCGUUUAUAUUUUUUUGACGUUUUCAAAUUCACCUGACAGAUAAACAUGAUCAAACUUCAUCAGACUUCAUCCUCAUCUGUAGAUUGAUCCAAGAGCACUUCAAGUAGAUCUUAAUUAAUUGUAGUCUGGUAAUAGUUACAAAUUACAAGUGCGGUCAUGAACAUGAUUACAAUAUCGAGUGUGAAAGAGUAGAAUAACGAGGUCGUAGACCGAGUCUUUCUAAUCACACGAGUUUUGUAGUCAUUUUUACCUACGAGCGUGCGGUAAAGUGAACUUUACCGCACCCUUUUGCGAAUGGAAAGUAGCACUUUACCGCACACUAUGCGGUGAAGUUACCAUUUGAAGUUUCUUCGACUAGUUCUUGAUUAUGCUCCUGAUUUUCUGGACUGGUAGGCGUCACAACUCGUUAUUAUUUAUGUUGAAAUCAGCUUAUGAACUUGACUACCAUUUUUUCUUUGGCGUCCGAUGUUCGUAAGAAUACUGACAUUUUUGUUUGGUCAUCAACUUUUGUUAUUGUUGCACCUUCCCAUUGUCUGUUGGGAAGUUUUACUCUACUGGAAAGUACCACUUUACCGCACACUAUACGGUAAAGUUACCAUUUGAAGUUUCUUCGACUAGUGAUUGAUUAUGCUCCUGAUUUUCUGGACUGGUAGGCGUCACAACUCGUUAUUAUUUAUGUUGAAAUCAGCUUUUGUUUUAUGAACUUGACUACCAUUUCUUCUUCUUUCCCUCAAUCUUUUCAAUUCAUUUGUGACAUCUUUUACAAUAUUUGGUUUCAACUUUCCACUGUUUACUGGAAGUAAUGUCCUGGUAAUUCUGCUAGAAAUUCUUUGAUUAGGUGAGCCCAGUGACGGGUUUUUAGGUGUAUUUCUUUAGUUGAGUAGAGCAAUCUGUAUAUCUGGUUUGUCGUCUGUACAUUCUUUUAACAGAUUUUUCGCAAUUUGAAUAUUUCUUUUCUAUUAAAAAAUUGCUUCUUGGAUGCUAUGGACUACUGAAAUUGGAAUUUUCCAAUGUUUCCAUAGCUUUUUUAGUAAUUUUUUCUACACCUUCCUGGGAGUCGGAAUAAAUAAGAAUAUCGUCCAUUUAAGUAGCAGUGAGUGUUUGGAAUGUGUUUCAACAAGGAAGUUAUUAUUUCUUGAAAUACCUCUGGUGCUGAAUAGGUUCCAAAUGGUAGACGAGUGCAACUAUAACGCCCCCAUGGUGUUGAAAACGUGUAGUUGAGUAGAUAGAGCAAUCUUGAUUUGUCCUCUGUACAUUUUUUUAACAGAUUUUUCGCAAUUUGAACAUCUCUUUCCGAUUAAAAAAUUGCUUCUUGGAUGCUAUGGACUACUGAAAUUGGAAUUUUCCAAUGUUUCCAUUACUUUUUUAGUAAUUCUUUUUACACCUUCCUGGGAGUCGGAAUAAAAAAGAAUAUCGUCCAUUUAAGUAGCAGUGAGUGUUUGGAAUGUGUUUCAACAAGGAACUUAUUAUUUCUUGAAAUACCUCUGGUGCUGAACAGGUUCCAAAUGGUGGACGAGUGCAACUAUAACGCUCCCAUGGUGUUGAAAACGUGAGAUAUUUUUUAGUCUGCUCUGCAACUUUUAUUUGCCAAAACUCUCGUUUGCAAUCUAAAAGUGUAAAAUAUUUGGCUCCACGUAUUUGUGCUGAAAUUUAUUCCAUGGUUUUAAGCGGAUAAUGUUUUUGUUAACAUAUGUAGGAUCUAUGCAGAUUCCUAAUUUACCUUUUUGCCUAACAGUUACUAACGGACUGACUGCAGGAGUAGGUUCUGUGACGGGCUUAAUGACUCCACAGUUUAUAUGACAUAACAUAGUCCAUAACACCAUUAGUUGUGUUAUAGACAUAACCGAGCUUAUAACCUAGUUCAUAACACCACUAGUUGUGUUAUGAUUCUCAUGACAUAACUCAAAUACUAGAGAAAUGGUUAUGUAAAAACGUCAUAACCAAACGCUUGCAGAUAAACUUCAUUACAUUACUAGUAAACAAUGAACUCAUUGUGUAUUUUUUAUCAAAUUUGAGUAUUUCGUCUCUUCUGGACACUUGUUUAUCUGUUAGUUGUAGAAUUUUAAAAAAAAAACCUACCAUAGCUUUUUAUGAUACCUAAAGCUCUAUCAAAAAUCUUAUGAAUUUGAAAAAUAACUUUAAAAUGUCAAUAGAAAUAAAUUAAGCUCCAUAAAAAACCCAUUUUAUAAAAGAAAUUUUUGACAAAGACUUAUUUUUAAAUAAACGUAUCUAAAUUAAGUCCAACUUAGAUAAAAUAUUGACAGUUUUCCAGCUCAGCAACGAACUAAGCUAAGUUUCUUUUUGCAAACAGCAAUCAACUGAGCAACCAUUAUUCUUAUUAAAACCUGUAAUUAAUUGAACAGUAAACCAACCCCAUAGGACACCACACAUAUGGCAGCAGAAUGUGGAUUUUUUUUUUUUUUUUUAAUGUGCCUAAAACGACACAAACAUUUUUCCAACUUGUGCAGUACUUUUGCGCCAUCUGUGAUAAAAAAAAAAUGGUAAAAUCUACCAACAAACGAAAUUCAAAUUGAUGACUUACUAAUGCAAAGUCGGUACUGUGCAUGCGGUUUUAAGGGUAAACUUGAGUGAGCCGCUCAAGGAUUAUAUUUAAUUUAAUCAAAAUCCCACCCAAAACUUGUUAACCAGAUCAAAUUAUGUAAUUGUUUUAAAUUUUUUUGGGAGUUGGUAUUAGGUUUAAGCGUAAAGUCAAACCUUGAACAAUACAUUAUGUAUUUCUAUUUUUCGUGUUAAUCAAAUAUUGAUAAUUCAUUGUCAAGGAUUUUAAAUUUAAAGGUUUGACCAAUAGUUUAAUUUUUGAUGACCCUGGCUCCAAAUCUAAACUUCAAUCACAAAAAAGUGUCCAUGGAUGCAAAUAUCAAAAACAUUCCCCUAAAAUAGUUUUCAUUUGGAAUGAGCGUAUCAGGGAAGAUGAAUCUAAACGAUAAAGUCCGACCAAAAAAAAAAUUUACAAAGCGUUUAGCAUUUUACUUAAAUUUCACUGCCAUCUCAUAGUAGUUAGGCCAUUAAGACUUAAAAAUAAUUUUUUUUUAUAGUCUUAAAAUGAUAAUGCUCAGCUCGGUAGCUCUUAUAUUUUAAUUGUUAUAAUACAACGUCCUUAGGUGGAGUUUUCAUUGUUUUCCACCUGUAUUCGUACAUAAAAAGUUGUGGUUGUGAUCUCAUCAUUAUAUCAUAAUGUACAAAAGAAAGCUACUAGAAAGCAUUAUUCAUGUUUUCUUUAAUCAACCAAAGCUGUAAAAGUUUCCUUAUUUUUGGAACAAUAGAUACCUCAGGGACGUUGAGAAAUAAAAACAAAGUUGAUAGUGAGCAAGUAGCAUUAUACCCGUAUAUAAAUUGGAAAUUGAAUUGAAUCGUUAGAAAGCCAAUAUGUUUUAGAUUUAUUUUAGUUAGUGCAAAAGCCACUUUUCAGUGUUAUUUUCAAAUAAUACAUUCAGUGAUUUUAAAGACUGCACUGGAAAGUGACUUAAUUUACAGUUAUUAUCUCAGAUUUAACCAGAGCAAAAAAAAAAAAUUAAUUAUGUUUUAAACUUUAUUAUUAUAGGAAUUAUCACUUUAUUUUUCAAAUAUGUGGCUACUUAUUUUGGGGAUGCGUCUUGUGUAGAAGGGCAUCUAUUUAUCUCUGUAACAUUAUUUUUUUGUUUGCAUUUUUUGUUUUUACUAAUAAAAUUGUAUGCAACUGAGAAC